CCUCCUGUUGCUAAUCUUCAUUAUUUCUUUCAUUAUUUGGCCAACUAGUCAAGUGAACCCAUCUUUACACAGAUAUUGUAUCUUCAAAGAAGGAAACUACACUCAAAAUAGCCCCUUCGAAUCAAACCUUUUAGAUGCCUUCUCUAAUCUCACAUCCCUCUCUACCCUGAACACCUUCUCCAACUUAACAGUCUCAACUGGUAAUAAUGCGACAAACAAUGUCUAUGCCUUAUACGACUGUCGACUUGAUCUUAACCUCCAAACAUGUCAUGAUUGUAUACAGGACGCUACCAAAAUCCUUUUGCAGCAUUGCCCAUCAAAAGAGGCCAUAGUAAUGUUUGAGGAAUGCAUCUUUCGCUAUGCUAAUCGUCCAAUAUUCUCUUUGAUGGAGUUGGAGCCCUCUCAUACUGAUUGUGGUAUCAGUCUAUUGGAUGAUGGAGGUGAGAUGAAUCGAAUGGUUGAGCCGAUCUUUAAAAGGUUAAUCAAGGAAGCCACAUCAAAGAAUUCCUCAUUGUAUUUCGCAGUAGGAGAAGGGACUUAUUUUAAGUAUCAGAGAUUGUAUUGUUUGGUGCAAUGCACUCCAGAUAUUAGUCGAGAACAAUGUAGGGAAUGUUUGAUGGAGGGCUACAUAUAUAUUAUUGACUGUUCAGAUUUUAGCCUGCUAGCGGGAAUUUAUAGUGGGCCAAACUGCCAUAUGAGAUACAAUGUCACCCCUUUCUAUAAUGUGUCGUCCAGCCUUCCACCCAUGACUUCACCGGGUUUGUUACCACAUAUCAGGACUAGUGAUGGAGGUCAAAGUUGGUUUUCAAUUGGAAAGCUUUCUUUUUAUAUUCUCGUUUUCUUUUAUUUACUGUAAACAUACGUUGAUUAAAAACAAAAAAAAAAACAAAAAAAAAAAAACCGAAAAAACUUUCAACUUUC